AACAGGUAGGCAAGAGGUUUGGAAUUAUAAGAAGACGAAUCGCAGAAACUGUUUUUCAGUGAGCAGUAGAUUUGGGAUGCCGAUGCAGAUGGAACUUCAUAAUAAGAGCCAUGAAUACAGAAUUCGGACAUCCAGGAACAGUGAAUCUUCUAAUCUAAUUCCAAACAAAAAGUCAAGUUUGGGUGGCAAUCCUAGUAUUUUAGAUGGAUCAGCCCAAAUCUCACAUCUCUGGAAUUUUGAAAGUGAUACGCUUUGGAAGAAAAACAACCAUGAGAAUAAAAUAAAGCUCUCUUCUUCCUCUCCAAGAGAUCGUGAGGCAAGCUAUAGUGUCUCCAAUACGUGCAAACCACAAGAGUUAAUCCCUGAAACAAGAUCAACGUUUUCAAGCACAGCAAUUCAUUCUAUGAAGAAGCUUAAACUCUGUCAGUUUUCGACAGUUGAUAGCACACGGAGAGAGCAGAGAAUACUCAAACGAUUACAGGCUGAAAAAAUUGUCUUGAGAUCAGAGCUAUAUAAGUUACUUGUGAAUCUAGAGAAAGACAAAGGUACUACAAUGGGCAGGAGAACUGUAGACAAAAUGUUGUAUAAGCUUGAAAACGAAGGGCACUGCAAAUGUAUACACCUAGAUUUAAAUGGGAUUAUGAAUACUAACUUUAACCGUAAAGUUAAGGUGGUCCUGCAUCCAUCUAUUCAGAGUUUAUCUUCUGAAGUAAUUGGUAUAAUUCGUAAUAAACUCAAGUCUUUUCACAAGCGAACUCAUGACCCAUUCAAGAACAAGAAUAAUAACUCAGUUCAUAUAUUUGAUUAUGCACAAAGAGCUCGAACUCAAUAUAGUUCAAAUUCCCUGACUCUUAGAAUGGAAGCCAUGCGGGCUAAUGGAUACAUACGUGGAAAAAUGGUUCGAGCAAGGCUGUUGCAUGGUUUUCUCUGGGACUAUGCAUGUAGUUUAUCUGCUGGGGAUGAUGUUUUAUCAUAUGGGAGACAAGAUCAUGAUCUACAUAAUCUUUGUGUCACAUUUGAUGUUGAAGGAGCUAUCAAGGGAAUUCCACUUGAGCUAUUCUUUCAAGUUGUCGGAUCUUCUGUUAUAGUUGAGAAGGGAGUAUAUUUACGUGAUCUUUCUAAUGAAGAGUAUAAUGAGCUAUAUGAUACUUCAGCUAUCAGGAGACUGUCUUUGCUUGUAUCUAUUUUACAGCGGCUGAAGGUAUAACUCCUUGCUUACGUUUAAAAAUAUAUUUAUUAUGUUAAUAUUUUGUUUCUAUAUUUUUCAUGUAUCAUAUUAUUGGACCUUGUUUGGUUUAGCUUU